AUGGAAAGAAAGCUGGGAACAUUCCUGCAGCCGGUUCUAUUCCUUAUGCUGAAUGUAUUGAGUGUUAAUCCCAUCCAAACAGUUAAUCUGGUGGAUUUCUGUGGACAGACCAUCAGGGCGGAUGGAAUCGUUAUCAACUCACACCAAGAAGCCCAGAAGUACUAUUAUGUCACAGUUGGAACGGACUGUGGGUUUACAAUGCAGGCUGCUUUGCCGAUGGACAAAGUUCAGUUCCAGUUUAGAUACUUUUUAGUGUACAGCCUGCUGAGAGAGUCUUCUAUCCUUCACCCCACAACUGCAUCUCCACAACUGCAACACAAUGCAACAGGACCUCUGGCCGAACUGAACACUAGUAGGCCUGGGCAAAGAGCUGCCAUGCCACUCGGAGGCGAAGAGAUUACUAAUACUUGUAAUGAUGGAUCAUACGUGCAAUUUUAUGAUGGUAAGGAUAGGACUUAUCCACCAAUUACCUCUCUUUUAUGUGGGAAGAGCAUCCCUAAGCCAAUUUCAUCAACUGGCAACUACCUUUCUCUGAGACUGGUCACCAGGGGUCAACAACCCAGAGUGGAGUUUGUUGGACAUUUCAUGUCUUAUAGACCAGGUAACUUCACCACCAUGCCAACUCCCAAUGAAACCAGUACAAGCACAAUGGAGCAAAUCAAUUCACCAUCACCUUCCAUCAAUCUUAGCUCUCUUUGCCAGACACCAAGACGGCAUCAUCACCCUCUUUCAAACAACAUUCUUUAUCCAGACUCUGCUGCAGACAACAAGUCCUAUGUUUCGCUGCUCACUCUCUACAUCAUCCUGGGAGUGGUUGCAGGGGCUGUCCUGCUGUUCUGGUGCUGCUGGUCACCGGGCUGGUUGGUUUGGAGACUCAGUGUCUGCAGAUUUGUACCGUGUUGUAACUCCUUCUGCACAGCCUGCCAACCCUGCUGUCGGACGGACAAGAGUCGACUGGCCAAAGUCACACCACAGAGCACAGUCCCCGUACCCGUCUAACGUCAGUGGUCCAGGUUACUCCUCUCUCCCUCUGAUUAUGUGUCAUUAAUAAUUUCAUACUACUGAACCCUCUCAUUGCUACAGUCAUGUAGGUCCAUACUGGUUGGAACACUCGUUGGUCUAAUUUAUCGCUUAUAGUAAUUGUUUUAUUAACUGAGAUGAUUCCCUGUUCUUCAGGGGACAACAUGUGGAUAUCCUGAUUGCUUUUAAGUGUCUAAGCUGUACGAGAUUGCAUUAAUUUGUCCCAGUUUUUCUAAGCAUGUUUAUUGUAUUUGGAAAUCUGCAAAUACAGAUUCCUUUCCUUCUAACAGAAAAUAGCCCCUGUAGAUGCUGGAAAUCUGAAUGAGCAGCAGAAAAUUCUGUAGAAAUGUUCAGCAGGUCAGGCAGCAUCUAUGAAGAGAUGGGCUUUUCUCUACAUUAACGUUUUAGUAUGAUGACCUUUGAUCAGAAUCCUCCACCACUCAAAACCACUCUUUUUAUGAAACAUAGAAAAUAGGUAGGCCAUUCGGCCCUUCGAGCCUGCACCGCUAUUCAAUAUGAUCAUGGCUGAUCAUCCAACUAACCAUGAAAUGGCAUCAACUUGAAAUGUUGACUGUUUCUCUCUCCACGAAUGCUGCCUGACUGCAGAGCAUUUGCAGAAUUUUCUCAUAUGGAAAACACCAGAUUUCCUUUAUAGUUGUGAGCGGUCGCUGGCCAAUUGUAGGAAAGUUAACAUCAAUUGAACUUUGAAUUGAAACCAGUUCCUAGAAAAUUAUUUGAAACACACAGCAUGUAAUUGUAAUAAGCAUGAACCAUUGUUAAUGGCUGUUGUUUACUUGGAAGUAAAUUCAUGGAAGAGUUAAUCAUUUUAGAGUGGUCCAUGCAAUGUGUAACAAUGUAUAACAUUUUCUAAUGGAUUGGAUAGUCUGAGAUGGAGCAACUGCAAGAUACUCCUAUCAUUGGUAGUAGGAGUAGCAGCAGCUUACUAAACUUAACUGAAUGAUCAAGAAAGCAGCCUAUAUUUUAGCACCAUCAUCAAUCUUCGGUGUAGAACUGCAACGUGUGAUUUGGAAUGUCCAGAGUAUUGGAGAAGGUCCAUUGUAAAGGUGGCAACUCUGAUCCUGUGAUGUCUUGCACUUUUAUUUUCCACCAGUGGUAUUGACCAGGGUGUAUCCAGGGAAGUCGGAGAAGUGAAACAGCAAUGUGAAGGAUUGCUAUUAAAAAUGAACUUUAAUCACUUUUUUAGUUCUUGUGUUUUUUUGAGCAGAAGACAAUUUUCCAACCUCUCUGAUGACCAGCCGAUUCCUACCCUGUACCUGAAACGUCACCUGUAAGGAGGUAAAUAACAGCAAUGGGUGGGUACCAGGCUAAUGAGCCUAAAAUUGGCAUUUAGUCACGGGCAGCCCCAUGCAGGCAGUGCCUUCCUCGUCUGUGUUCCAUAAUACAAAUUAGAUGUAACAUGCAUGAUGAAUUAGGGAACACUAUUUAUAUUACGCUGGACAAAUUGGUUACAAUGAGAUUUUGAUCAGAAUUAAAAGAAGCACCUAGUUAUUCUGGAAAUUGACAAGUGGAGAUAAAGCUGUCCUGUUUCCAUGUAACCUCCCUGCAUAAAUCAGACACCAUUUUCUCUACAGAACACAGCUGCUACUUUCACUGCAGGAGGCCAUUCAAACUGACAACAAUCGUUUAAAGGAUGCACAGCCCUUGGUAUUUUUGGUUUGCAGUAGCAAAAAUAAACUUAUCACCGUGGAACAGACCUUUUUGUAAAUUCUGCAGGAAAAAUACCUUUGUUAUCAUAAGGUCAUCAGGUCAUGUGAUUGGAGUAGAAUUAGGCUAUUCGGCCCAUCAAGUCUACUCCGCCAUUCAAUCAUAGCUGAUCUAUCUCUCCCUCCUAAACCCAUUCGCCUGCCUUCUCCCCAUAACCCCUGACAUCCGUACUAAUCAAGAAUCUAUCUAUCUCUGCCUUAAAUAUAUCCCUGGAAUACACUGGCAGGUAUGGUGGUGACGACAAAUAUGAUAAUGGCGUUUAAGAAGCUUUUGGAAAGGCAUAUUGAUAAAUAGCGUUUGGAGAUGGAAAAUGUGCAGGCAGAUAAGAAUUGGCUUGGCAUCCAAGAAUCUAUCUAUCUCUGCCUUAAAUAUAUCAAAUAUAAAUAUGACUGCCUCCACAAAUGGUGGAGAAAUUACAGAUGGAGUUUAAUCAGAGCAGCUGGGAGUUGUUGCAUUUUACAAAGUCCAAUGUAAGGGGAGAGUCUGCAGUUAAUGACAAGAUUCUUAACGACAUUGAUGUACAGAGGUAUCUUGGGAUCUAAAUCCAUAGCUACCUCAAAGUAGGCAGAGAGGUAAAAAAAAAAAUGCAUGGUAUGCUUGCCUUCAUAGGUCAAGGCAUUGAAUAUAAAAGGCAGGAAGUCAUGUUGCAUCCUUGCUGGACUUUGGUUGAGUCACAUUGGGAGUAUUGUUUGCAGUCUGGUUGCCCCAUUAGAGGAAGGAUGUGGAGGCUUGAGAGAGGGCACAGAAGUGGAUUGGGGAAUGUUGCCUGGUUUAGAGGAUAUUAGCUCCAAAGAGAGAUUGAACAAAUUUAGAUUGUUUUAUUUCAGGAGUGUUGGAGGAGGAAGGGAGACGUGAGAGAAGUAGAUAAAAUGAUGAGAGGCAUAGAUAAGGUUCCUUGGAAAAGAUAGACAGAACCUUUUUCUUACGGAUGAAAUGUCAAAGGCUGGAGAGUUUAGCUUUAAGAUGAGAGGGGUAAAGUUUAAAGGAGGUGUGCAGAGGUUCACAGAGGAUGUCGGUGCCUGGAAUACACUGGCAGGUAUGGUGGUGACGACAAAUAUGAUAAUGGCGUUUAAGAAGCUUUUGGAAAGGCAUAUUGAUAAAUAGCGUUUGGAGGGAGAUGGAAAAUGUGCAGGCAGAUAAGAAUUGUCUUGGCAUCAUGUUUAGCACAGACAUUGUGGGCUGAAGAGCCCGUUCCUGUGCUGUACUGUUCUACGUUCUAUAUGAUUCAGGAAAAUGGAAAGGAAUUUCCUUUUAAAAAAGGGCACACAAGACAGCUAGUGGAGCACAGAAACCAUUUGCUUGUCUGGACAAUAAGACUUAUACAUUGCCUCAUCCACAUUCAAAGUUCAAUCUAUUAUUUGAAUUGUUCAGUGGUGAGACAACUUUCAUUUAGGAAAAGCCUUUACAAAUGUGUUCAUUUGCCUUCUCCACGCAAGGGAACGGGCAUUCCCGUGGUUAAGAAACUAAUUACUUGACUGUGUGCUUUGAAAGUCAGUCAGCAUUCAAAUGUAUAUUCUGCGCGACUAACGGGCAAGCACUCCCUGACGAUCAGGGAAAGAAGAGGAAGAAUGCGGACUCACACUCAAAAACAAAGCCCCAUGGAUAAUGACAUGGAUCAUGACACCAAAAUCCUGGUGUUCACUUCAAUCGACACAGAGGGCAUUCAGAUUCUAGUCACCCUCAUUAAACCUGUAGACAUCACUGCAGAUUUAUGAAGGCAAGGUUUUUUUUUUAAACCCUUCAGUAAGGGGGUUAAAAUACUGGACAAACUUGGACAAAAACAAUCUAAUUUCAGCAAAAUCAAAGCCUGAAGCUGCCAAAUUGUCGCAAAAUAUCAGCAACUUCAUAAAUUUUUACUUGGGAAGGAAAUCUGCUGUGCCUACCCAGUGCAAUGUGAUCCUGGAGUCCACUCAUUCUUGUGUAGCCGUAUGCUUAAAAGCUCCUGAUGUAUCACUUAAGCUAGAAUAUGACCUAAUUACCAAUUCAAGAACGCAUUAUGAUGGGUCAGUCACUCCACAGAUCCUGAUAAGAUGCAAACCAGCUCACUGAGGGAGGGAGGCAAGGGAGGAGAUGUCUACCACCUUCUGCAGGCCUGAUUCAUUCCUUGGCAUUCAAGUUCCUGACGUUGGGAGUGUUGCAAUCAACAUGCUCUCUGCUGCACACCUGUAGAAGUUCCAUAACGUAUUUGGGGACAUACUAAAUCUCCUCCAUUGACUGAAGAAGUAGAGGUGUUGGUGAACUUUCUUUAUGAUUGCAUAGGCCCAGGGGAUAGGGUAACACAACACGGAGGGAAGCUGCCCACUUUAUCUCCCUUCCUCACUCUCUUCAUUUCUCCUCCCUCUCCCCUUCCUUGUCGUCUCCCAGUCUGGCUCGAAAGCCUGGAUCUUUGAGAGUAGGCUGGCAAGGUUCAAAUGGCCAAUCAAUUGCAAUAAUGCUGGGAAUUGGCCACACAUGUCAGCCAGUUAAAAGGAUCAGAACAAUACCCAAAAGGAGAGGGUGCUGUCACAAAAUGUAAGUGUGGCUUUUAAGAGCAUAAAUAAUUAGGAGAAAAAUCAGAACGUGUUUUUUUGAGCAUGCUUUGGCUUUCAUCAAAAUUUUUGCUGAUCUACCUCAGGGUCAUUUUGCUACACAAUGCCCAUAACUCUCAUUCCCUUAAUACCCAGUAAUAUAUCAAUCUCUAUUUUGAAUUAACUCAUUGAUCAAUCCUCUACAAUCCAGGGUAAAGAAUACCAAAGAUUCAAAACCUUUUUGAGGAAGAAAUUGCUCCUUAUCUCUUCCCUUUUUCUGAGACUAUGGCCUCUGGUUUCAGACUCCUUAACCAGGGAAACAUCCCUACAUCAAGUUGCAAUGCCCUGUAACAAUUUUAUAAAGUUCAAUGUGAUUGCCUCUCUUUCUUCUGAAUUCUAGAAAAUAGAACAGUCAGUUUAAUAUUUACUUAGGACAAGGGUAUCCAGGGAGAAGGUAGGGCAGUCCAAGACUAAAGGAGGGAAUUUAUGCUUGGCAUCAGCGAAUAUAGAUGAGGUAUUAAAUGAGUAUUUUGCAUCUCUUUUCACCAAGAAGGACGAAGAGAUUAGUGUGGAGAAUACUAAUAUGCAAGGACAGUUCAAGAAGAAUGUUUUUUUUUAACAUGGGGCUCUUGAAGAGCAUUAUGGCAGAUAAAUUCCUAGGGCCUGAUGGCAUCUGUCCAAGGUUAUUGAGAGAGGUAAGAGUUAAGUUUGCAGAGGUCUUGACAAAUGUGUAUAUUUUCACUAGCCACAGGCGAGGUCCUGGAGAACUGGAGAGUAGGCAAUAUUGUUCCUCUCUUUAAAAAGGGAAGUAGAGGAAAUUAUAGGUCAGUGAGCCUCACAUCAAUGGUUGGAAACUAUUGGAGAGGAUGCUUCGGGAAAGGAUUCACUCACAUUUGGAAAAGGGAAUGGGCUUAUUAGGGAAAGUCAGCAGUUUUGUGGUAUGGCUGUGGAUGUUGUCCACAUUCAUUUUUGCAAGGUGCAUAAUAAGAGAUAGGUUAAAUCAGAAGAUUAAGAUGCAUGGACCAAUAGUGACGGCCAUUUGGAUUCAGAUCUGGAUUAUUCAUCGAAGACAGAGGGUUGUGGUGGAAGUGUGUCCUAUUCUGGCUGGAGGUUUGUGACCGGUUGAGUUCUGCUGGGAUCUGUGCUGGGACCUCUGUUGUUUGUAAUAUAUAUUUAUCAAAUUGGGCAUAAAUGUAGUUGUGUUGGUUAGUACGUUUGUAGACAACACCAAAAUUGGUGGAGUUGCAAAGAGGAAGGUUGUCAUGGUAUAUGGUGGGAUAUAGAUCAGCUACAGAAAUGGGCGGAGAAAUGGCAGAUGGAGUUUAAUCCGAGUGUGAGGUGUUGCUCUUUGGGAGGUCAAAUGUUACGAGCUAAAUGGAAUGACCCUUAAUAGCAUUGAUGUACAGAUAUUGGGAUCCAAGUCCAUAGCUCCCUCAAAGUGGCAACACAGUUAGAUAGAUUGAUAAAGAAGGCAUAUGACAUGCUUGCCUUCAUCGGUUAGGGCAUUCAGUGCAAGAGUCAGGUGGUCAUACUGCAGUCUUAUAGGACUUUGGUUAGGGCACAUAUGUGGUAUUGUGUGCAGUUCUGGUUGCCCCAUGAUAGCAAGGAUGUGGAGACUUUGGAGAGUGUGCAGAAGAAGUUUACCAGCAUACUCCCUGGAUUAGAGAGAAUUAACUAUAAAGAGAGGUUGGACAAAUUGCACAAAUGUGCACAAUCUAUUAUCUCAACAUGACUACAUGAUCCUCAAAACAAAAUGCACCUGCAGAGGUAUUAUCAUAUAAGAUUUCAGAUACAUUCGGAUUUUCAUGUUGAAAAGAGCAAAUUAUGAUUUACCUAUUACAAAAUGAUGAUAGAUGGAAAGUGAAGAAUCUGGACAUGGACACAUAUUUUCCAUGAAGUACACAUUGAUAACUGUGAGAAAGGGAUCGGUGGCUUUAUCGUACUUGUAGAUAGUUACUCAAUGUUGACUGAUGUGAAAAAUGUUGGGCUGGCUCUUGAGGAAUUGUUCUCAUUUAAUGGCUUGCCAGAAGAGUUUAACGUGGGUAAUGGUUCAUUACCUUGGAAGCAAUUAAAAAAAAAAAAAAAAUAGACUUAACGUAGCAGGGAAAUGCAGUCCUGAAAGUUUAAAGGAACAGAGGAAGUAGUAUCCCAGCGAGUUUAAAGGAGCAUGGAAAAGAGAGACCAGUGCAAAAUGUGUGCAGGAAACAGAGUCGUGGGGAAUUUAAAAGGACAACAGUGAAGAGAGCUUUGAUGUGUUUAAACACGCCUUUGGAUGGUGCAUGGGAAUUCCUUCACUCUCAGUAAAUAAUUGAUUAAACAUUAACUGUUAGUUGAGUUAUUCUAAUUAAUAGGUAGGCACCUCAGACCCCUUGUAUAUCCAUCUUCUGUGCCAUGUGCAAUCCCCAAGAUGUUUACUGGGCAAGCUAAGGUAAUUGAAUGUGGGGAUGAGGAUGGGGACAGCAGUGAAAACAUUGGUAUUUGUAGCCUGUAGUCAGUUGUACUGAAAUAGUGAAGCCGAGCCUUUCCAUUUGCCACUUGGCUGUGACAGUGCAGAUGGGACACAUACAUAGGUGGACCUAUGAGAUAUUGACCCAACAAGAGUGAAGGAAUGGCAACCUUCUGAUGACCAUGAGUGAGUUGGAGAGGAAAUCCGAAAAAAUGUUCCCAAAACAAACAAACCCGCCGAGCUUUCUUCUGUGUAGGAAGGAACUGCAGAUGCUGGUUUAAACCGAAGAUAUACACAAAAAGCUGGAGUAACUCAGUGGGCCAGGCAGCAUCUCUGGAGAGAAGGAAUUGGUGAUGUUUCGGGUCGAGACCCUUUUUCAGACUGGUUAGGCAUAAGGGAAACAAGAGAUAUAGACGAUGAUGUAGAGAGAUAAAGGACAAUGAAUGAAAGAUAUGCAAAAAAGUAAUGAUGAUAAAGGAAACAGGCCAUUGUUAGCUGUUUGUUGGGUGAAAACGAGAAGCUGGUGCUACUUGGAUGGGGGAGGUAUAGAUAGAGAGGAAACGCUGUGGUUACUUGAAGUUAGAUAAAUUCUGGAGAAAUAGAGCUUUCUUCUGG